GCCCCUUUGUCCCUUUCCCAUUAUUAUUAAACACAAGGGGACAGUCUUCUACCGCGACCUUCGAACUUUACCGGCGCAAUCAGAAGCUCUUCCGGCUAAACCAGAGCCUCUACCGGCCAAACCAGGAGCUUUUUCCAGCAUCAAUGGUUUCCUCGGAAGCCCCAUCCAUCGAACCCUACGAGCUCAAGCAAACACUCACAGGCCAUAAGCGAGCAAUCUCAAACGUCAAGUUCUCCGAUGAUGGUCGCCUCCUUGGUAGCUCAGGCGCUGAUAAAACGAUAAGGAUUUGGUCCUCUUCUGAUGGUUCACUUCGCAAAGAACUUGAAGGCCACAGUGAAGGGAUUUCUGAUUUCGCAUGGUCCUCUGAUUCUCGCUUCAUCUGCUCUGCUUCUGAUGAUAAAACAGUCAGGAUUUGGGACGUUCAGACUGGUUCUCUUCUGAAAACUCUUCAAGGUCACACUAACUAUGUGUUCUGUGUUAACUAUAAUCCGCAGUCGAAUAUGAUUGUUUCUGGUUCUUUUGAUGAAACGGUUAGGGUUUGGGAUGCAAAAACUGGGAAGUGCUUGAAGGUUUUGCCUGCUCACUCUGAUCCUGUGACUGCUGUGAAUUUCAAUCGGGAUGGUUCUCUCAUUGUUUCGAGCAGUUAUGAUGGGUUGUGUAGGAUAUGGGAUUCGAGCACGGGCCAUUGCACAAAAACCCUAAUUGAUGAUGAGAACCCUCCGGUGUCGUUCGUUAAGUUCUCGCCCAAUGGGAAGUUUAUACUCGCUGGAACACUUGACAAUACACUGAGGCUUUGGAAUUUCUCCACUGGUAAAUUCCUGAAGACAUAUACAGGCCAUGUAAAUUCAAAAUUUUGUAUAUCUUCCACAUUUUCGGUGACAAAUGGAAAGUACAUUGUCAGUGGUUCAGAGGAUAAUUGCGUGUAUUUAUGGGAUCUCCAGACCAGAAAGAUAGUCCAAAGAUUGGAAGGCCAUACUGAUACGGUCAUUGCUGUGUCCUGCCAUCCCACUGACAACAAAAUCGCUUCUGGUGCUCUAGGGAAUGAUAAAACUGUGAAGAUCUGGGUCCAAGGGCAAGAUUGAUUUGUAAGGCUUUGUAUGAGCUUAUGUUUUUUUUCCCUUUUGUUUUAUACACCUCUUGUUAUUUAUUCAUAUAGAUGCGAACUUUUCUUUUAGAUAUCUGCCCCUAUGGUUUCCUGUUUAACUGUGACAAAGGAACAGUGCUGAUAUUUCACCAAAAUAUGAUUGAUACAUAAGUGGGGACUCAUUGUAAAACAGUAUGAAGUGGGGACUCAUUGGGCAUUAAUAGAAAAGGCUGUAAAAUGAACUGACCUGUAAUAUUAGAGUCCUUUUUCUGAA